AUGAAUAUUUCAAAUUUAUUACUUGCUUUUAUUUUAUCAAAAAUUGUUUAUUGUUUAACUCCUAAUUCAAUUCAUGCUAUUAUUCCAAUAGCUAAUAGUUCAUUUUAUUUAAUUGCUGAAGAAGAUCAAAAAUUUUUACUUGUUACCGAUAAACAAGAAGAUGAUAAAUUGAAUAAGAGAUUUUGGAAGUUUCCAGGUGGAUUAGGUCCUUGUUCUUUCGAUCCACAUAAGAAACGUGGGUUUAAUGGAUUUCAACCUUGUGAAAGAUUAAGAAUUAGCGGUAAUAGAAGUUAUUAUGUUGAUGAAUAA